AUGGUGAAGCACGAGGUGCCGGUAGUCUUAUCGAUGACACAUUGUUCGAUCGAAGACCACGUCAAAUACCGAUCAGCUAUAGUAUUGAUCUAUGAAGAAUGUCCUUUACUCUGCUAUCAAAUCUAUACCACUCCUUCAGUUAGAUUCGUACCAGUGACAUCUGUGCUUUCCUCUUCAAGUCAUGAUGAGGAGUUGAUGGUAGUUGAAAAUAGUAGCUGUGUCGUGACGGACCUGCGGAAAUACACAGAGUAUCAGAUUUCUGUCACACCUUACAAUCGAGUUGGGGAAGGCGCUGUGGCCCGUAUUAGAGUUCGGACGCUGGAGGAUGUCCCAGGAGUGGUUGGUGCGCUAAGGUUUUCGGAUGUGUUACUGGAUUCGGUGCGUGUUUCGUGGAAACCUCCAACAGAGCCGAAUGGGCUGAUUACUGGUUAUAUUGUUAACUACAAAACCUUCAAAAUGAAGGAAGAGUUCAAAAAAGAGGUUCAAUCUCGCACGCAGCAAACGUUCUACCCAGCAACUAAUCUCGAAGAAGGCGUCACCUAUUUCUUCGCGGUUUGGGCGGAAACAUCGGCGGGUAGAGGUACCGAAGUUACCUCAAACGUAACUUUGGGACCCAAUCCAAAUGGGCCACCAGCACCAACAAGGCCAACGCUCACUCCCGGUCCAUCAUCUGUGGCACUUGAGUGGAAAGACGAGAAAAGAAGCGGCAUCAUUGGUCAUCUGAUUCAAACUAAGCUGGUGUCUAAGGACAUCGGCGCCUCUCAAAAGAGAAACAGACGCUCGUUCGGGCGACCAACUCAUAUUCACGGUGUUUGGGUGACAUUGAGGGUGGUCGAAGGUUCUCGUGAGCAGCAUGAGGUCAGCUAUCGUGAACUGGAGCCUUCGAGUUUCUAUGUGUUCCGCGUGUUUGCGCGCAAUGAAAUUGGAAUUGGGAAGGCUAGUGCAGAAACAGAGCAGCUAUUUGUACCAGCUUUCAUCCCAGAAGAUCCGUUCUAUACAACUUGGUGGUUCAUCAUAAUGGUCGCAAUGUCAACGUUUGUUGUGGUCGUACUUGUUGUGGCGUUUUUAUGUAUCACGGGUUCUGUUGCCAAGUAUAAACGUGAAAAACGCGAUUCGGUGGACAGUAGUCAUCUAGCAAACGGAAAUUUCGUAGCGUUCCAGAUGGAAGCCAGUCACCGCGAUCUUGGUCGAAGCCGGAACGAUUUACCAACACGUCCUGAAACGAAGCAGUCAUGGUUGUCCGAUCGGGAUCCGCCUGCCUACGGAAGUAUUCUCGGCGAGCAAAGCCGUCUACGUGGCGCAGAGUGCAUCGAAGUUUGUGGAAGUGUGGUGAAUAUGUAUGGAUUGGAAACAGACGCGUUACCGUCGUUACAGAAUCGAGAAGCUAUGCAGAGAGGCUUACGUGCUCGGGAUGAUGCCUCGACACUAGUCGGAUAUAGUCACACAGAAAACCCUGUGCAGCAUGAAGAGUUCGCUGACGAUUCCUUCGAUGACGAGGAUGAUUGCAACGAUAGUGCCAAGGAAGAGAUUGAGGUUCGAACAGAAAAUAUCGCCAGUCAUUACGGGGAUACAGAUCAGUAUAGGUAG